GGAAGCGUGUCGUCAUUAGCAACAACAAACCCACCUGCCUCCUUUAAUGACAACGCGGCCCAGCAGUAGGUGUCUCUUUCUGUUCAUAACCAGAGAGAGACCGAAGACAGUCAGGUGGUGUAUGAUGAAUAAACGGGCAUGCGGAUACGCAGACAUUUAUUUUAAAUCUUUUCUCAUCUUUAAACCUGCUAAUAGUGUGUCAGCUUUCAUCCUGCUACGUGAUCGUUAGCUUAUUUCGCUAGCAGGGAGCGACAUGAUGGCAUGUGUUUAAAAAACAAGCAGGUCUUCCUCAUUGCGUUCACCGAAGGGGGAAGUUCUGCUUUCAGCGGCUGAUAAAUCCUCUCAGACUUCCCGUAAAGGGCUCACUACUUGCUAUGGAGCCGUCCGCGGCCAUGGGCUGUGUGAAUAUCGGCAGUCUGACCAGCACCUUACCGGUGAUCCCCUACCAGAAACUGACCGACCUGUACUACCUGAGCAGGGGGGGCUUUGGCACCGUGUUCAAGGCUCAGCAUUCAGAUUGGAGGACCACUGUGGCCAUCAAGUGCCUGAAACUCGACGCACCUGUCGGAGAAAGGUAUGCUGAGACGAUAUAACUAUUUUGAUCAUGAAAUAGUGUUAAAUGAAAAUCUACAGCUGUAAAUACCAUGUUUAGGUGCACACAGUAACUAUCCCAGUGUAUGUUUUAAUCCUUUUAAGAGGUAGUCUAUGACUGAAUCAGAUAGGGGAGAGUGGGGUAAGAUGAGCCAUUUUUCAUAUUUCAGAUCUUUACAUCAAGUCAAUCCUAGUUUUGUCUCUAACUAGUGUAUCUGCAUAUAUUUCAAGAUGUUGUGCAUCCCUGCAAACCAACAGAAUGAGUGUAAACAUAACUGUCUUUAUAAUAUAGCAUGCCAAAAAAAAAGUGGUUUCAUAUGGUUUCAUAAGAGCGGGGUAAGUUGAGCCGUAUCCCUACUGGCUCAACUUACCCCAGAACCACUAUGAUGACUUUAUUAGUCCUCUAAGCUAAAAUGGUGGAUUUUUAUGCAAGGUUUUGACCUUAUGUUGUAGCUCAUAGAUACCACAAUUGAUGUAUAAAACAAAUUUAAAAUGAUAUUUUUGGGUCUGAACACAAUUCUAAUUAAACUUAUGACAGACUAAAUUCACUAAACCCUUCAUCCAUGUGCUUCUAACCUUCACAGACUCCUUGAAUUUCUUACCCUUUGGCUCAACUUACCCCACUCUCCCCUAUAUUAAAACUUAGAGUGUACCAGAUGUAGUUUCAUCAUACUAUGCAGCAGCAGCAGGUUUUGGAUUUUGAUGAUAAGAUUAAUCACUCCGCAUUCCAGAUGUUUAGAGGAAGUAGAAACUUGCUUUGAUCUACACCAUCAACUCAGCAUUAUAACAGUAUAAAUUCUUAUCCGUUUCCCCUCCCCUGUGUAUUCAGGGUAAAGCAGACAACUCUCACAUGUCGUUAUCAUAAGAGUUUAAAAGCUGGUGAUACUCAAGAGUUAAAGAUCUGAUCACCAAUAGCAGUUCUUGAAAGUACCUUUGCUGUUUUAACGAAUUCAUAACAUAUCAAACCAUUUGUGAUAAGGAUAGUUUUAUCUGAUUGUUACAGAACUGAAUCUCUAAGAGUUUUAAUAAGCAGAGUGUCUCAGUUAUAAAAGUGACAGCCAGUGAUCUAUGGUAAACAUACUUCAAACCGAAGACAUUAUUUCUAAGCAAGGUUUUAUUGUUUCAUUAACAAUCAUGUAAACCAAUAAAGAUGAAUAGGCAAUAAAAGUUGCUUUUAUGUUUCCUUGGCAGACUUUUCUCUCAGACUCUCAUACAGUUUGUUGUUUCAUUGAUUUGUACAAGCUGCUCGGCCUGUCUCUAUGUGACACAAUCGAUCAGUCUUACUGUGGUUGACAUUCAACAGAAAAUCACUCAUAUUCAGAUUUCCUCAUUUAAUUUAAGCUUUAUUUCUUUGUGAUAUUUUAACUUAUUGAAAACAGAAACCCUGUUUGCCCCUGUGAAGGAAUGGGAAGAAAUACACACAGCAGUGAGACUGAUAUCAUGCUAUUAAACGGACAUUAAACCACUUUAAACUUGAUUGGCUACAUGUGUUUUUUCACAUUGAUAUUAAGGUGAAUACUUGAAUGAUUUCAUGAGUAUCGCCCAGUCCUUUGACCUGCUCCCCUUUAUUCUGUGUUCACCAUAAACACUGCAAAUGUCAACACUGCUGUGACAUUUUUGUCUGUCUUAGAGCAAACACUGACUCUGUGUACCUGACGGUGUUUCAGGGAGAGAAACUGCCUGCUGAAGGAAGCCGAGGUGCUGCACAAAGCCAGGUUUAACUACAUCAUCCAGAUUUUUGGCAUCUGCAACGAGCCUGAAUUCUUCUGCAUCGUCACAGAGUUUAUGAGCAAUGGCUCUCUGGACCUUUUACUUCACGAGGUAGCUAUUAAUCACCAUGUCACUUUAUGACACACACAAAAAAAGCCUGUGUAUAUGAAAUAGCCUUAUCCUAACAUCAUGAUCCAGGACUCAUUGUUGGAGAGUUAAGGUGGAUUAAGAGCUGAAAAGAUAUCAUCUUUUCUUGGCUUGAAGGCAGAGAAAAAAAUGAAAUUAACUCAGAAGAAACACUUGCAGUUUUGUGCCACACUGAAUUGUGUCUGGCUCUUGAUUUGAUUAUAGAGUCACUCAUUUAGAGAACUCCUUCCACAGCCCUUGAUUUUCCACUUCUGAUGCCAACAAGGCGGAAGUGAAAGAGCCUCUUUGUUUUGGCGAGCUGCGUCACAGUCACCUCAAGCUGUAUUAGUUUGAUGCCUCAGUAUCACGCCUCCACAUUCUUGUCUGUGUGGUGACAAGCAAAAGUGAAACUUGGAUGUUUCAAAGUCUGGAAAGAAAUUUUGAAAGAGGCCGGGAAGGAGAAGCUGAGCUGUGAGGAAAGCAGACAAAUAUAGUUUAGGGAAAUUCCCACUUGUCCUGGUCUUGUAAAUCUUCCCUUGCGUCACUCUUGAAUACUUUGGAUUCUAGCCCAGAUACAGUUUAACACCCUUUCACUCCUCACCCUCAUGAGUACAAACAUGCUUUUAUCAUACCACAGUUGAUCAUUUUGACCUCUGUUCUGUGUGCAUUGUACCCACAGAAGGACACGUACCCCGUACUUGCCUGGCCUUUGCGCCUGAGGAUUCUGUAUGAGAUUGCUUUGGGGGUAAACUUCCUCCACAACAUGAACCCCCCUCUCUUACAUCAUGAUCUGAAGACGCAGAACAUCCUGCUGGACGGUGAAUUUCAUGUGAAGGUAUGCAUGUCAGUCAGAAUGUGGGAAGUGUAUAAAAGAUAGUCUACACUGAUACUUUCAUCUGCACUGUACAUUUGCUUGUGUUUAACCCACUUUAUCAAAACCAGAGCUAACACAAUUUCUAGAGCGAGUAAAAAGUAAAUGACAAAAAUUACAAGCCACUACUUUGAUCAUAGUUAGGGGAAAUAAUCCACAAAUCCUCUGGACAAAGGUUUUUAAAUCUGAACUUUUUUUCUGCUGCGCUUUUUCAUAUUAGACAUUAAGCCGAUUGAGACUGUUGAUCUGUUAAAUGUAGCUGUCAGGAGAUGUUUUAUCAAUCUCAGUUAUCUAUCAGCUGUAGUGGUGGUAGUUGCUGGCUUGAUGAUUAUAUUUAGGAAUAAUUCCACUCACACCUGUGGAUAAGAGAUUAUAAUACCUUUAUAAAAAGUGCUGCCUCUGUAUCUUACAAUCAUAAAACAGAAACAUGAUUAAAAAAAAUGAAGGACUGGAAUAAAACUAUGUUUCAGAGAAUCCUCACUAAUACUGACAUUUGGUUUUGUUUGGUUCAGAUUGCAGAUUUUGGUCUAUCAAAGUGGCGGCAGCUGUCUGUCAGUAAAGGUUCAGGGUCCAAGCCCACAGAGAUGGGGGGCACUGUGAUCUACAUGCCCCCUGAGAAGUAUGAACCCUCCAAGAGCCGUCGAGCUGAUGUGAAACACGAUAUGUACAGGUAACAGACCAGAAUGUGAUAACUGAACACAAAGCAGAACAGACACGCUGAGCCCAUGACACGAGUUUCUUUAAAAAAAUGUUUUACGCACAAGAGAUUCGACUGUUCAGUGAUUGUGAUUGAGCAAUAUCUGUAAAAGGGUGAACUUUUGGGUGUUGAGCACAAUCAGCAUCUUUGGGUCACUUUCAGGAAGUUUCUCAUCUGCUGAGGUGAUCCAGUGUGUGUCAGCAUGUUUGGAUUGUUAACAUACCAUUUACCACUGCAGGGGUUUGAGCCCUAGAGCUGAUUCUGUCAAUCAUUCCAGUCAACCGGUUUGAUUUCAGGAGUGUGUAAAAGAUAAAGUGGUUACCAUUACAAAAAAAAUGUUUGAGAAAAUAAGGUUUUGUCCUGCAGGUUUUGGAUUUCUGCAAUAAGUCAGCAUUUUGUAAAUCCCCUCAGCUCUGAGGGGAAACACUGCUCAAAAAAGUGAUGCAACUCUAAUUUUCUUCACUAUUUUUUCUCCCUGAUGUCACUUUAAAGUUAUGCCAUCAUCAUGUGGGAGGUCCUGUCCAGGCAGAUUCCUUUUGAAGGUACAGCAAUUUAUGUGUGAUGAAAUUUCAAACUUUCACUCUCUCUUGUUUUGUUCACUCACGCUUUCAGAGAUCUGAAAUCUUCAUGUUGCUGCCUGACUAAUCUCUGAUCUGUGUGCUUGUUUGUCCCUCACAUGUGGUCAGAUGUGACAAACCCCAUGCAGAUCAUGUUCAGUGUGCUGCGUGGGAUGCGCCCUGACACCACUCUGACCAGUCUGCCAGCUGAGAUCCCCAGCAGAGAAACCCUCAUCAGUUUAAUGACCUGCGGCUGGACCUCCAACCCUGACGAGCGUCCUUCCUUCCUCAGUAAGCUCAGACUAAACCGCAGCGACUAAUUCCUGCUGGAAAAGUACUAUCUCCUUUUUAUUAACCGCUGUGACACACCGUUGUAGCUGCUUGACCUCUCGCAAAGUUUUCUAAGUCACCUCUUUUUACAUUGAGCAACCAACAAAUCCUUCUGUUGUGAGCAGAAUUUCAAAAUAGUGACUAAGAAUCAUCUUCCUGUCACGUUGUGGAAAUUUUUUUUUCUCUGCCAAACCCUGUUUUGUUUGUUGGAAAAUAUGAAGAAACCUAUCCUGUCCCGCUGAUCAUGAUUUAUAAGAAGUUCAUAACUCAUUCACUGCUCAGUAAAGCAAAUAGUCAAAGUAAUGUUUUGAUAUUUGAGCUUUUUUUUAGCCAAAUAGAUUUCAGAAAUAUCAAGGUGUUUUCAAAACUUUAUAGUAUAGUUUGUUUUUCAUAACUUAAAAACCAAAACUGUAAAACUAAGAAAUUACUUUUAUGGUCACAGCAAAUUAGAGGCAAAUAACACCUGAACUUUAGAGAUUGAUAGAAACUGGAGAGUAACAACUCAGUGAAGUUUAAAACCUCUAACAGCAGUGUGCAAGUUUGUAUCUCUCACUGACCAACCCAUACAAACUAAGACAGAAAUAAUCAACCCCCAUCAUGUUGUUGUUGUUGUUGUUGUGGUGAACACAUUCUGCUGAACUGAAGUUUAAAAGUUCAUCUGAUUUCCAUUUUACUCUGGAAACCGUUCAAAAACCACCAGUGAAGGUGGGAAAAAACACACACAACUCGGUAAAGCGAUUCCAGUUUAAUCGAGUUGCUUCCUGUUUGCGUCAUUGAUAUCACAUUAUUGAUAUGAGCUAAAUGUGUCAUGUGUUCACUUUUAUUCCAGAAUGUUUAAUUGAGCUGGAGCCCAUGGUGAGAAAGUUUGAUGAAAUCGACUUCCUGGAGGCUGUGCUGGAGAUAAAGAGGGCAAAGGUCGGUAAAGAGUCUUCCGCCACUCCUUUUUUUGAUUUUUAGUGGAUAUGCUUGACUAUUAUGAUAAUCAUUACAAUCAUUAUCAGAAUCAGUGCCUGCUAGUUAUGUGUCACCAGGCAGGGGUGAAAUUUGUCCAAACUGCUUUCCUCAGUUUGCUUUGAAAUGACAAGGGUGAUUGUGUUGACCCUGGCUUUUGAUUUUAUUAACUACCAUUUUCAUGGGGUUUUGACCAACAGAGCUGGGUAAAAAGACGGACAUUAGACGAUAAGAGAGGGUUGAGACUAGAAAACACAAAGCUCUAGAGGGCUUAGACGGUAGUUUAUUUCAAGGUCUCACAGCUGUAAUGAUCUGUAUCGAUGGAAACGAAGGAAACAGAGUAUUGGUGUCGUACCAAUAAUAACACACAGACAGUGUUUCAUUUCAUUAAACACACAGCUGUAUGGGUUCUGUAUCUGUACCUUGAGGGUCAAACUGGAAGAGGUGACAAUGAAACAUUAAACCUGUGCUUUCAGUCGGGGUUAAUCAUUGUUACAUAACACUGAGACGUGUUUGUCUCUGUGGUUUUAGCCAACACUGAUCUGAAUAAUCGAUGGUCACAAAAGAAAUACCCUUCCAGAAUAGAUAGUGCAGCUACCUCUAAGCUACGCACCAGUAAGUAUGUGUGCCAUUUAUAACAGUCAAUGAACUGUGCUGUGACUAAGACAGAAUGACAGGUCAGAAACUUAACUUCAUGAUUUCCUCUUUACACAUCCUUCCUCUUUUGUAUGUGUGUGUGUGUGUGUGUGUGUGUGUGUGUGUGUGUGUGUAUGUGUGUGUGUGUGUGUGUGUGUGUGUGUGUGUGCGCGCGCGUGUGUGUGUGUGUGUGUGUGUGUGUGUGUGUGUGUGUGUGUGUGUGUGUGUGUGAGUGUGUGAGAGAGAGUGUGUACGUGAGUGACACCAUGGCUGACAGAGCAAUAGCACAUGUCAAAUGGUAAAUUACCUGUAUUUAUGUAGUUCAUCUCUGAUCUGAUCUACUUACUACACUUAGCCAUUUAUAACGCUGCUGACUAGGCCACCAGAAUCCAUAAGAGGAUCAGCUGUUUAGUGGUACGUUAAAUAAUGUUGGAGAAUAUUGAUUGAGGGCGUUGUAGACAAAAAUCCAACUUAGUUCCCUCAGCACACUUUCACACAUAGCAGGAACUUUUUUACUGCUAUUUUUAUACACUGAAAAUUCAGUCACCCAAAUCAAGUUACUGCGUCGUGUCAGUUUAUCAGUUAUUCUGUUACGCAAAGACCCGUUUUCACUUUUGGAGCGACAGUUUUUAACAAUAUUCUAUUCUUCUAAUAUUCUAAUUUCGUACAAAGCAUCAGUCACUAUUUUUGACAUUGAGGUCCACAGAUCAGUGGGAUACACAAUGAUUGUGUUUGGUAUACUGCUACAUCUUGUCUUUGUUGUAUAUUGAAGUGAAUAUAGAUUUUUAUACAAAAUCUUAACUUCUUUUGAAUUGUGGCUUGUAUGAAAGAGGAAGCUUCAGUCCAAACAUCAGUGAAAGUCCCCUGAGGGAAUUGAAGCAGCAACAAAGUGAUAAUUUUACUCUGUGGUCGAAUCAUGAAAACACUUCUGCUCCACAGGCUGUUUAACAUAAUAGUCAUUUCCUCUCUUUCUUUAGUUAUUAAACUCUUUUUAUUCACAUGCGUGUAUUAAGAGUGGGUUCACGGACUUUGACAUCGUUCCUAACUCUCCUUUAUCCUUGCCCCCCCACAGUUUAUGGGCCGAUCAGGCUGUUGUUCAUCUCAGACUGAGUGCACAAAGAGGAGUGAGGGAAGUUCCCUGAACAUGCCGAAGGACAGACACAGCCCCUGGCCGGUCAGUAGUCAAUAAGUCUUUGAAAUGAAUGAAGUGAGCAGUGACAGUCAACUUGAGCCAUGUGGUCAUCGUAUUAUGUUUUUAACAUCCAUCCGCUCUUUCCUCUGUCACAGGAGAGCUCCACCUCAGGCUCAGGCUCUUGUUCAUCUCAGGACACAGACAUCUCUCUACCAGGACCCCUCAUGGCCCCGCCUUGUAAAGGUGAUCACAGCAGCACUGUUGCAUUAUGUAUUCCCCUGAUGGCUAUGCCACAGAUGAGGUGUAAGGAUAAAAGCAUUUUAGGAGCACAAAUGGGAUCAGAUAUAAAGUAGUCGAUUAUUGUCCUCUGAUUUAAAACCUGUUUUCAUCUCUCUUCUUCUUUUCUCUUUCUUCUAUAGAGGGGCUCCCAUCCUCUUUUAUAGCUCCCACUCUGGAGCCUCCAAAGUCUUUGAUAGACAUCUGUGGAAGCAACGAUUUAAAUGUCUACCAAAGUGCAAAGCCCAUGAACAUCCCUGUCAAACCAGGGCUGCCUGCCACUGAAUACGAGACAUUGCCCUUCAAACCUCAGCCACAAGGUACUUAAAAUACUGAUAGUGAUAUUACCAUUUUGGAAAGUUUAAUAAGAUAUGCUUUUAUUGUGCUGUACACAAGGAGACACAUUUUUGACAGUAACUGUUUGAGUAUGGGGCAUGUUCUUUAGUUAGCAUGUUAGCUCACUUUAAGUCACUGUGAAGCACUUAUUGUUUUAUUCUGUCAGACUGUUUACUGCAACUACAAGAAAACUGAAGAGUCUCCUCAGAAUCCUCAAUAAUAUUUAAUGAUCAUCAUUUAGAAAGAUGUUAAUAAAUAAUAUGUUUCACUUAGUAUUUCUUCAUCACAAGCUCAGAAUAUUUUGAUCACGAUCAACAACAAGGAAUGAUGAGGAACUGGUUGGAGGAAAAUUUAGAUGUCAAUUUCACAGCAGAGAUAACAGUGUCACAAUUAUGUGUGCUGUUAAUCAGCUUCUUAGGUGUGAUCUGUUUAGCUUAAAGCUCCUGUGAGAAGUUUUUAAACUGGUUAUGAUGAAACAGAGUAAAAUUAACAUUGAAGACUUUUAUUGACUCACAGCAGCAAACAGGGCAAUCAGUGUCACCGUGGACAACACAUAUAUUGUCAGUUGUAACGUCUGUGACCAGUGUGUGGGCUUAUGCUGCGUUCCAGUUACCUCAGAAGUCGGAUGUCGAAGUUGGGGAUGACGUUACACCUGAGUUGACGGCGUUUCAGUUAAAAAAGUCGGAAAACCGAGAUGGACGCCCACUGUUAGCCUUUGCUAGCUGUUGUUUACAAUUGUCAGCUGGUCUUAGCAGUUGUUAGCUAUACUAGUUGUAAACAACCCAUAACACAGUAUUUUACUCUUACAAACACCAUAGCACUGUUUUCACAGUUAGACGUUGGGAAGUACACCAUAAACCACUUAUUUAAUUUCACAAAAACAAAACAGAAGUGCUCAUUAAUAAUACAUUACGGGAGCUUUCACUGUUACUCUUUACUGUUGAUGCACUGCGCUGCCAUCUUGGAUUAUGACGUUGUCGUCAAGUCGGGGUUGGUGAGGAUAGUCCAACUUUCUGAGUCGGAAAUCUGACUUCAGGGGAGCGUUACAGAUAAAUUUCCGACUUAGAGCUCGGAAAUUCCGGCUUCUGAGUCCAACUGGAACACAGCAUUAGUGUCGGACUGACCACUGGAGAAACAGACCUUAUUUACAUACUUAUUUACAUUGAGAGGGGAGAUACAAUAUAGUUUAAGUGUAGGAUCAAUGACAUGUUAAUGACUUAAAGGAAAAAAAGAAGAGAUUUUCUUUCAAAAAAAUCUGCCUUCACAUGCCAAACUGAAAGUUUCUCACAGAAGCUUUAAUAGAGAGCAAGACAAAUAACAAGUUUGCAAAAUUUAGAUACAACAAUGAACUAUCCUGUCUAAUGAAGAACAGUUAUUGUAAAAUUCCUAAACAGAUUUUCCUUCCACUGUGGAUGAAGGUGUCACUGCUUCAUGACUCCUCAUGGGGGUGCUAAUCUCAUCAAUCUUACACUCAAACUAUGUUGUAUCUACCCUCUGAUUACCACCCCCAGUUCAUUUAGUGAAAAUGAAACUAUCAUUCACAACCAAACUUGAUACGCUCCCCUUCUCUGUUGCAGCUGAUUACUCUCCUCCCCGGCAACACUCUCCCCCCACACAAGGCCCACUCACUCAGUGGAUCUCCAUAAAACGUGAGGAGAUUGUCUCUCACAUGACGGAGGCUUGUCUAAAUCAGAUCCUGGAUGCUCUGCUGGCUCGCUCCCUGCUGAUGAUAGAGGAUUACGAACUUGUGAAAAACCAGCUGACACGCACAGCCAAGGUUCGCCAGCUACUGGACAACUGUCACAACGAAGACAUGUGCCGCAUCGUUGUACGCAAGCUGUACGACAACAAGCAGACGAGCCUGCAGCCGUACCCGUCUGAAAUCAGCUCGCCUACCCCUGUCGUCUUCCCCUCCGCACCCCCACUGACCAUAUCACAUAAUUUCUCCAGGAAUGUGUAGCAGCGGUCACGAACAGUGGAAACAGUCCAGAUAAUAGGCUGCGCUGAACAAACACUACACCGAGCGCUCAAAGGUCACAUUAUCAUGAGGAUGGUUGAUGUGGUGCCUGUCAAUUGUUUCUGAAAAAGGUCACAGGUACUGUACAAAAGAAACGGACUCAUGCUGUUUUCACUCAUUAAUAAGAGAUGAAAUGAUAUAUUCUGUUUAAGCAGAAUCAGAAGAGUUUGACUGAAUCAGUGGUUUUAUUUAACUGUUUAUUUUGUGGAUCUAAUGGGGGGAUUUUAUUUAAAGUGUCUUCAGGGUGGAUUAAAGGAUUGUAUUUCAUUUUGGUACUUUUUUACUUUUGUCUUUAAAGCUUAGUUACAAUCUUCUUCACGUGUUAUUUGAUAUUCCAAUUGUUUAUUUUAUUGUCCGAGAGUUUAAGGAUGGUUGUAUUUUGAUUCUGAGUAAACAAACAUCUGUGGUACGCCUUGAGGAACAAACAAAAGGACUGUCAAUAUGCUGGAAAAGCUGCAGCUAAACUAAGGAUUGUUCUUAGCAACUUCAAAGAAUCAGGUAGUCGUGGUUCAAAUUUCCUGAUAUCUUAGAGAGGAAGCGUUCACCACAGGGACCGAGAGUGUCUCUGUCCUCAAAUAUAUGACCUACAUUUAUGAAGCUCACACUCACUGGAUACUUCCAAAGUUAUUCUUCAUCCAUGGACUCGGAGCUAAGAUUUAAAAAUAGGUUCAGAUUUUUACUCCUACUGAGAACACGACUACACCUCUGCUUGUAGCACACAUUUAGUUUACCUCCUUUUUAAGGAACAGUCCAGAGUUUGUCACUCCUGUCUCCUACAACCUUUUCUACUUAACCUGUGCUUCCUGUUCUGAUGGAAAUGACACUGUAAUAAUGUGGUUAUUUCUCUGCUUCUCAUGAAGAGGGACCAGUAAGUGUGAGGGAAUACACACAUAUACAUGUAAACCUAGUAGCAGCACUUGAUCUGUAAAAAAUAGGGGUAUUUAAUAUUAUUUUGUUUGUCCAUGCAUAUGUACAGGGUAUCUUUUUUUUUCUUUAUGGCUCAGAUGUGACUUUCAUUCCUGGAUUAUUCAUGCUUUCAUUAUGAGUUUGUGUUUUACAUUUUUAUUACUGUCAGGUGUUUACUUCAGUACCAGUUUGAGAGAAUGCUCAAGAGAUCAACCUGACAUCCCUUAAUAGGUUCACUUAUUCACGCCACAGUCCUAAAUCCAAAGGUAUUUAAGCCACAGCCACCUUUUAGAAAGUGGAUCUGACUUAAUAUUUAUUUAGUUCAUUUUCAAACUAACAGAAGCUUAUCAUAAUCAGUCAGAAUAAAACUUAAGAAGAAUUCUUAUCUCAUGGAUUUUUCUGCAUUAUGUCUGCUCUGUUUUUCUGAAUUUACAAACAAACAAAAAAAAAAAAAAAAUGGUACCUCACAUUCCAGUGACCUUUUUAAGGAAGAAACUGGUCUGAUCUGUCUUGUAUAAACCAGUACUACUCUGGUUUGGGUUCGAGACACUUAUGAUGAUGAUGAUGCUCAUGACUUUGAAUAACAGCAUCUGGACAUAGCAGUGUUUCCCCAGGAUCAGUUGAGCUGUCACUGUAUGAUUCAUGGACAUGAGAUGCAGCUCAGUUAUGUGCUGACUUCAGACACAGACAGACUGCUGCUGAAAACAUUGAGGUUCAAUUGAGCUGCCAAAAUAUUGUAACUUAGAAAAACAGAGCAGAUCAUCUCAUUUUCAUAAAACCCUUCUGAAAGUCUUAUUAUGAUCUCAAAUGAAGGCAGUAUGUUUCUGUUAAGACUCAUUCAUAAACUGAUCAUACCCACUCUGUCUUCAUCACACCCUUCACUGCCAUGAGCUUAAAAGGUCAAACAGUUUCGGUAGUUAAUGUUUCAUCACAGAGAAGUUCCUGUUUAGUUUACAUUUCUCUGAAUGCAUGCACUCCAUCCUUUCAUGGUAUCGAUCCACAGGUUUCCUUGUCAUUACAGUCAAAGUCAGUGUAGCUUUAUAAAGGCUAUACUUUUAACACAGAAACAAGUCACAGCAGGUUAUUCUCAGUAUGACACGUUGACAUCAUACAUGAAAAUACAAAAAUAUUCAAACAAAGGCCACACCGGGUCGAUGCUUCCAUAAUCCUGGACUUGUAUUGCCUUGAUUUUAAUACCUGUGCCUCAUAUUCAGCAUUUAGUCUCAACUAUGGCAAAGUGCAAAAGCUUUUUACACACAUAUCAAGUAAAGUUCAGUCAAAUAUAAAUUUAAUAAUGAAAUAUGCUGUAACAUAUUUUUACUGUACAUUAAACUUUCAUCUCUUAUUUGUAUUUUUACAUUUGUAAUGUUUCAAACUCAUUAAGUGAAUGUUUCAUAUAUGUAGAAUUGCCUUGUGUAAAGUAUCAGCCUGGUUUAGUGCUCAUCUUUAUCAGUCGUAACAUAAAGAAACAUGUGAGUUAUGUUAAGUAAACUUUCAAUAGGAACAAUUUUUCAUACAGUAUAUCAAAUUCUCCAUUAAAAAGAUACUUUUUUUUUUACUCCUGUC